GUGUGUCUGGUGUUGGUGCAGAUGAAGUGCCAGUGUUUGUGAUGGAGGGAGAUUCAGUCACUCUACACACUAAUAUUGAAGCAAAUCAACAAGGAAAGAUAAGGUGGUAUUUUAAUGACAUCCAAGUCGCUGCAAUCAUUGGAGAAAAGAGAGAAAUCUGUACAUAUGAUGAGUGUAAAGAGAUUUUCAGAGACCGACUGAAACUGAAUCAUCAGACUGGAUCUCUGACCAUCACAAACAUCACAAACACAGACACUGGAGUUUAUAGACGAAAGGUAAUCAACAGUGGCAGCUUCAGUGACAAGAUCUUCAGUGUUUCCGUACAUGGAGUUUCUGCUGCUGAACGAGAUAAAAUGAAGAGAAAGUCAGUGAAGGAGGGAGAAUCUGUUACUUUAGAUCCUGGUGUAGUAAAAAACCUGAAUAGUGUGAUGACGUGGUAUUUUAGUGACAUUCUCAUUGCUGAAAUCACUGGAGAUCAGAGUAAGAUCUGUACAGAUGAUCAGUGUAAAGAGAGAUUCAGAGACAGACUGAAGCUGGAUCAUCAGACUGGAUCUCUGACCAUCAGCAACACCAGAACCACAGACUCUGGACUCUAUACACUACAGAUCAACAGCAGCAGCUUCAGUAUUAGCAGAAUAUCAACUGUUUUAACUGUCAUUGAGUCAGGUCUUUCUCCAGGUGUUAUAGCAGGGAUUGUUGUUGUUCUGUUGCUCAUUGCUGCAGUAGCUGCUGUGUUCCUCUAUCGCAGAGCAAGAAGGAAAGACACAGAACAAUCGUGAUCAGGUGAGAUACUAUGAGGACUGAACCUGUCUGCUUAAAUAAAUAAAUAACCACAGAUUCAGAUCUGUGAGAAAUUUAUAAAUCAGUACACAGA